AUGUCAUCUAUAGUUUCUCUUGCUCGCAACCUCCUAGGACAACAGGAGGUUGACGAAGGAGCUUCAGGAACAUCCUCCGCAGAGUUGUCAGCUUACCCGACAUCGACACCGUUUGAGAUAGGUGAAGUGCACGUCUCAAGGAUUUGCAUCUAUCCGAUCAAGAGUUGUAGAGGUACGUCGGUCGCGGAAGUCCGUUAUACCCCUGAUUGUCUCGAGCACGACCGCAGAUGGGGUAUCAUCGAUGCGACUACGCAUAAGAUCCUGACGGCGAGACAAGUGCCGAAGAUGGUCCUCAUCGCGCCUCAAAUUGUCCCCGAUGCCUCUUCUCCUCAUGGCGGAACACUCGAGGUCUCUUUCCCAGAAGAGUCAGGCUGCGAAAGCUUCGCCGUGCCUCUCAAUCCUACGCCAGAUAUCCUCAGCACCUGGGAGGCCAUCGACGACGGCUCCGUGAAUGGCGAUGCCCGCGUCGACGGCUACAUCUGUCAAUCCAUCCCCUCCUCCUCAAGCACCCCCCUCCCGACGCCCUCCUCCAUCCUCUCCCGCUACUUUGAACGCGCCGUGCAUCUCAUGAUCAAAGGCCCCUCCCCACGCUCUUGCCCGCCAACGUCCGCCUUCCCGACACUCGAGGCAUAUACGCUCUACCAGGACGCGUUCCCGCUACACGUCGCGAGCGAGGAGAGCAUCGCAGAGUUCGAGCGCGUCGUGCGCAAGCUUGCGGCAGACCAUGGGACUGCGAUCGGCGGGCUGGACCGUGAACGGUGGGCGAAAAGCUCUGUGCUUAUCGACCGGUUCAGAGCCAAUGUGAUCGUCAAAGGCGCUGGUGUUCCCUUCGCGGAGGACUUCUGGCGCACGGUCGCCAUCAACCCGUCUCAACACGACAAUCGACGACAUUCUGCCAUAGUCACCUUCGUCCAGAAAUGCACGCGAUGCCUCCUCCCAAACGUGGACCCGGGCGUGGGUGUGCGCGAUGCGGCAGUACCUUUCAAGGUCCUCAUGAAGUUCCGAACGGGGAUGUACCACGAAGGCAAGAACAAGCCGUGUUUCGGGACGUAUGGCGUAUUCAACGAUAGUGGUGUUAUCAAAGUCGGCGAUGUCGUGACCAUCGAAGAAUGGACGGAUGCAUAUGGAGUCUAA